AUGAAGUCGGUAGACCAUAUGGCUACCCAGUGUAAUAGAAUGCUUGUACAUGAUUAUAUGAGACGCCAUAAUGAAGCAUUAAGAUGUGUACAUUUACAGUUAUGCGUAAAUUAUGGACUUAAAUCGUGCAAGAAGAUCAAGAAUCAUACCCUGCAAGAUCUGGUUGCAAGUAGAGAUGUUGAAAUAAGAGUAGGCAGUAGAAUCCAAGCUAAUAUGGUAAUCAAAUAUAAUAAUCCAGAUAUAUUCAUCGUGGAUAAAAUAAGAAAGAAGAUUACAAUAGUAGAAGUUGGAAUUACUGGAUUUGAAAAUCUCCACGCUUUUGAGACAAAGAAGAAACAUAAGUAUGAUCUCCUAGCAAAUCAUACAGCGUCCAUGUAUAAAUAUAAGUCUAAGAUUAUACCGUAUGUAAUGACGUGA